AAACAUGCAAAGUGUUUUAAAUACCGUUAAGGGGACCGCUCUCAAUGUUGCCGAAUAUCUGACACCAGUUUUAAAGGAAUCGAAAUUCCGUGAAACCGGAGUCUUAACACCCGAAGAAUUUGUAGCAGCCGGUGAUCAUUUGGUCCAUCAUUGUCCAACAUGGCAAUGGGCGGCCGGUGAUGAGAAUAAAACAAAAUCAUAUUUACCUAAAGAUAAACAAUUCUUGAUUACCCGCAAUGUACCCUGCUAUCGCCGUUGCAAACAAAUGGAAUAUGUUGGCGAAGAAACGGUUGUUGAGGAAGAGGGAGGUGAUGGUGGCUGGGUGGAAACGCAUCAAAUGAAUGAAGAUGGCACCAAAGCGGAAUUAGAUGAAAAAAUCUGUGAAUUGACACUGGAUGAUAGGGACGAAAUGCAAACCCCCGACAAUGAACAACCCGGCAAUAUGGACGAUAUUGAUGGCAAUGGGGCAGAGGCUGACGACGACGAUGAUGACGAAGCUUUAGAUAUGGAUGAGUUUGAGGAAAGCGGCAUGCUGGAUCUAGUAGAUCCCGCAGUGGCCACUGUACGCAAAGCUGAAAAACCUGAAGCCGCCAAUAGCAGUGAGGCUGGCGCUGCGGCCUCGAUUGACACGCAAGAUUCGGUGCUGCAUACCCGUACCUAUGAUCUGCACAUAACCUAUGAUAAAUAUUAUCAGACACCACGUCUAUGGGUGGUGGGCUAUGAUGAGAAUCGUAAACCCCUAACCGUUGAACAAAUGUACGAAGAUGUCUCACAGGAUCAUGCCAAAAAGACUGUCACCAUGGAAUCCCAUCCACAUUUGCCGGGGCCAAAUAUGGCCUCGGUGCAUCCUUGUCGUCAUGCCGAUAUCAUGAAGAAAAUCAUCCAAACCGUUGAGGAGGGUGGCGGCGAAUUGGGUGUGCAUUUAUAUUUGAUAAUUUUCUUGAAAUUUGUACAAACGGUUAUACCAACCAUUGAAUAUGAUUUUACACAAAAUUUCAAUUUGUCUUAA